AUGAGGAUUAACGGUUUACCGCAUCGCAUCUCCAUUAAUACACGUUUGUUGCGCAUUUCAUCCAAAUCUCGCAACUUUAAAUGGGCUGCUAGCGGUUCUGCUAUCACAACUUCAAUUCUAGCUUACUACUACUUCAACGAAAAAAGGCACAGCAAUGAACUAUCGCCUGACCAUUUCAUUCCAUAUAAAAUAACCUACAAUGAUGAGAUAGAUUCGGAACAUUUUAUGCUUGAAUUGACCCCAGCAAGGCCUCAGAAGAUCGACUGGUGGAAGGCGAUGAGCUCCGGCAAACUAUGGUCUAUUGAAAUCAAGCAGCCUGAAAUCAUGGUGGUGAGAAACUAUACACCUCUUCCACUAGAGCACGUUGGUAACGGUCAGAUACGGACGUUUCCUGAAGGCAGUUUCAAGGACGGGAAGCUGUUUUUCUAUUUGAAGAAAUAUAAGCAUGGUGAAGUAGCACGCUGGCUGAGCAAAUUGCCUGAGGGUCACACUGUAGAGCUACGGGGUCCUUACGUGGACUACGAGAUGCCUUCACAGUCGAUAAGCAGCAGCGCUGGGAAAGUAAAAGACCGAGUUUCGUACGAUGUAGUGACCUUCACGGCAGGCACUGGCAUAGCUCCAGUUGCACAAAUGCUGUUGACAAAUAAAGCACACUUUGGAAGGGUUCUCAUGCUCCACUCUUGUGGUGCAAGACAAGAGUUGGGGCCCUUGCAGCCCUUGCUAGAAGAAGCUCAGAACAACAAGCGCAUCCAAUUGCAUUAUUACGAAUCAAGACACGGCCGCGAUAUACGGAAAAUUCCAUACGAAGUGCUGGCACUCUUACCAACGCCAUACUCUGCUGAAUCGGCGCCAGUGGAAGAAAACAGUGCUUCGACCGUAAAUCCUAUUUUAGCCCUUGUUUGCGGACCUGAUUCUUACAUCAAUACAGUUGCGGGUCCUAAAUACGGUCUACUGCAGGGACCAAUACAAGGCAUACUUGCACAGAGAAGUUGGAACAACUCCAACGUAUACAAAUUGUCUUAA